CCCGGGGCUGUAACCCGGGGCUGUAGGAGAAACGACCGUGAGACAACAGAUUACCGCAGACACCAUCUUGCGGGGUGAUCGCCUCGCCAAUAGGCUGACGCAGACUUUCCGGGCAUCGGCCCCCGCGAUUGUGUUGAUCAUGUAUACUGACAUUCUCCCCAACGCCCAUGGGGUCAAGAAUGAGCUGCUUUCGGCGGACUUGGCGCGCAUCAAGAAGAGUACGGUCAAGUUGUCGGCGUUAGCAGCACCGUUGAAGGGAGUGGUCUCGGGAAUACGUUUUAUGGGUGUGACGCACGCCCUGCCGGGACCGGCCAUGACUAAACCGUUUUCUCACGUAGCCAUCGGCGGCGGGGCUUUUGGCCUCGGCAACCACCCUCUCGGGGUACCGCCGCAACACCGAACGAUUGCGGCCGGAUUGGGGGGCUACGCCGCGCGUCCCUCGACCACCUCGCCGGCAGCCGAGGUCGCAGAUGUCCCAGAGUGCCGCCCAGGCCGUCACGAUGGGAGCCAGGACAGGGCACUAUACUCCGUGGCCGUGCGCAACCAGCGCAAUGCAGCCCUCCAGCAGCAGCAGUUAGCGAACGCGGGCGUUUCGUCGGGAGGGGGAAAUGUGUAG